GCCCAGCUGAUCUGUGGCAGAGUUGGGAUUUGAACACUGUCUUGUCUGACGUUUCCAGCUUAUGAAGGAAAAUCAAGGCUGCAGAUGGGAUCCUAGGUCCCUCCAAGUUUGUGGCUCGCAGCAGCAAAGGUGAAGAAUAGAGGGAAUGGGAGGGAGCCAUAGCUGGAGGUUGCUCUUGUGCUGAUGACCCUUCUCAAUUCCUCUUAUGUCUUAGAAGACAAGAUGUGUGAGGGGAACAAGACCACCAUGGCCAUGCCCCAGCUGAUGCCCCUGGUGGUGUUCCUGAGCUCCAUCUCCGUGGUCACCGUGGGGCUCAACCUGCUGGUCCUAUAUGCUGUCCGGAGCGAGCGGAAGCUACACACCGUGGGGAACCUGUAUAUCAUCAGCCUCUCGGUGGCGGACCUGAUCGUGGGGGCCAUUGUCAUGCCCAUGAACAUCCUCUACCUCCUCAUGUCCAAGUGGUCCCUGGGCAGGCCACUCUGCCUCUUUUGGCUGUCCAUGGACUACGUGGCCAGCACUGCGUCCAUUUUCAGCGUCUUCAUCUUGUGCAUCGAUCGCUACCGCUCCAUCCAGCAGCCUCUCAGGUACCUGAGGUAUCGUACCAAGACCCGAGCAACAGCUACCAUCUUGGGGGCCUGGUUUCUCUCCUUCCUGUGGAUUAUUCCCAUUCUAAGCUGGCGUCACUUCAAAUCGGAGAACUCGCACCGGGAGGACAGGUGCGAGACAGACUUCUACAAAGUCACCUGGUUCAAGAUCAUGACCGCCAUCAUCAACUUCUACCUGCCCACCUUGCUCAUGCUGUGGUUCUACGCCAAGAUCUACAAGGCCGUACGGCAACACUGCCAGCACCGGGAGCUCAUCGACAGUUCCCUUCCUUCCUUCUCAGAAAUUAAGCUCAAGCCAGAGAAUCCCAAGGUGAUUACCAAGAAACCAGGCAAGGAGUCUCCCUGGGAGGUUCUGAAAAGGAAGCCAAAAGAUGCUGGGGGUGGACCUGUCCUGAAGCCACCAGUGCAAGACCCAGAGGAGAUGAAAUCCCCAGUUGUCUUUAGCCAAGAGGAGGAUGGAGACGUGGCGAAACGCCAUUGCUUCCCACCUAGCAUUGUUCAGGUGCAGACUGUGGCAGAGGAGAGUAACAGAGGUUAUGAUGCAGUCAACCAAGGCCAGCUUGAGACAGAGGAGCAGGGCCUGAGCAUGCGUGGGGCCGGUGAAAUGGCAGAGGACCAGAUCGGAGGUGAUAGCCAGUCCUGCUCCCGGACAGACUCAGACACCCCCACAGAGCCUGCAUCUGGGAAAGGCCAAUUGAGAAGUGAGUCUUGCACGGGCCUGGAUUAUAUCAAGUUUACCUGGAAGAGGCUCCGCUCACAUUCAAGACAGUAUGUGUCUGGGUUGCACAUGAACCGCGAACGGAAGGCCGCCAAACAAUUGGGUUUUAUCAUGGCAGCUUUCAUCCUUUGCUGGAUUCCUUACUUCGUCUUCUUCAUGGUCAUUGCCUUUUGCGAGUGCUGCUACAACGAGCCCGUGCACAUGUUCACCAUCUGGCUGGGUUACAUCAACUCUACACUGAACCCCUUCAUCUAUCCUUUGUGCAAUGAGAACUUCAAGAAGACGUUCAAAAAAAUUCUGCACAUCCACUCCUAAGGGAGGCUUUGAGGGGGUGAAACAAAGAGAUGCUUAGGAUGUCAAAGGAGGAAAUGGAAGAUGGAUGCCUGCAUCUUGCCAGGCUCCUGGGCUUUCUGGAGUCAAAAGAAUAGUCUUAGUGGCUGGGUCAUUUGGAAGGUUCUUAUGCGGCUCUGGAAGGAGAGCGGAUGGUGGUGGUCAACAGGGAGAAGGUACUCUGAGUAGAAAGCGGAGCAAUUCCAAGAGACUCAGACCGGGAUAGAACUCUCCAACUUCUCAGGAAAUCUGGGAACUUGAGACUCCUAUUGUAAUUCAAGCUUUCGGACUUGAAUUAGUUGGCAACUGAAAGGAUGGGUGGAUAGUUUCACUGGAAAAUCGGACAGAAUUCUCGAGCCUAACUGGAAUGGAGCUAUCAGGCUGUGCAGAGACUUUACACAGCAGAUAUGUGCUCCCCCCCUUUAAGGGGUCUCCUUGAGAGGUGUCACAGCUGUUUCACUGUGGCUCUCACUUCUCAGAACACCUCUUUUCUGAAUGUCUUUUACAGCUUUCUGCAGAACCAGUGUCUGAACCUCCCCUCUGUCCCCCAGAAAUUCUGCCUUAAUAUUUCUUUCUCACGCAUAUCUUAUUGGUAGGAAAUUAGGCAGUUUGAACAGCCAUCGUUUUCAACCCCAAUUCUUUUUGGCUAUUAAAAAGUAAUGAUAAAAUCUGCCCUCAAAAAGAAAGAGGAGAGAAAUACUUUUGAGUGGUUGGCACAUUAAAAAAAAAUAAAAAGGCAUAGGGGAAAGAAAACCAUAUUGCUUCAGGGCUAUAUGCCAGCUUUAUCUCUUUUAAGCUUCACACAGGACAGUGUUGUUACUAGCUCCAGUUUACAGAGGCGCAAAUUGAGGUGCAACAAGGUUAAAUAAAUUGCUGAGAUCACACAGCUAGUGGUGAGAGAGAGCUGGAAUGAAGACCCUGUCUGGGUCCAGCUCAUUGUAACAUAUUUUCUCCAAAAGGCAAAGAUUUGUCUUAUUAAGUACAUGCACAGAAACAUUUCCAAGCAUGAUGGCAAUUCUCAAAAAACUAUAUUGGGAGGAGAAACAGCUGUUGUGGUGUGUCUGUGGCCACAAAAGGUGACUCCUUUGAAGACACAGUGUGCAUUUUUAUCUGAGUUCCACUGUGUUUGUUUAAAAAAGUUAUCAUGUUCUUUUAAAGUCAUACUUAGGUAAAAACUAGCUUGAUUUUACUUGGUGUUUUUGUUACAAUCUGAUUGUGAUUUGUAUUUCAAAACCUGAUACUAAACCAUAAUGUGUGUAGCAAAUGGGAACAGCUUUAAAAGCUGGUGUUUUGUGUCUUAUGUUAGUGUUUGCAUGAUCUGUUAAAAUGAGAUAUUUUUGCCUACCUAAAAUACGAUAUUUGAAGCUGUAGUGUUAUGUGGUUUAUUUAUUUCUACCUUUCUGAGUCUCUUGGACUGAGAAGAUAUAUUAAAAUAUCAAAUAUAUUGAAAUGCCAAAUGUU